AUGUCCCUAGGAGGUGUGUUGGAUUUCAUCACUGCAUUAUUAGAAACCACUGAAACAGACACAACAUCAAGAAAACCAGAUCUUGUUUGGGAAGAUGACCAUGGUAGAACAUUCACGCAAAAAGUAAUUCCAUCGAAAGCAAAAUUUUUAGACUUAUGGGAAAAAAAAUAUAUCUCGCGAAUGCAUGUAUAUUAUAGUUUUACCAUAGCAGAUUUCACUGACGAAAAUGAUAAAGAUAAAAAAACAUAUAAGUACUUUGAUGAGCUUUUCAUAACUAUAGCGAAUAUCAGGUUUAUCCUUGAACGAAAGGGCAAACCAACAUAUAAAUUUGUCGGUUAUCAGAUAAAAAUAAAUCCUCUCCUUGAGCCUUUAGUAACGUUGAGUAAUAUUGCUCAUGAUAACAAACAAUUUAUAUGUAAUGUGAAUGAACAGCUUGUGCCACCAAAAUUUUACGAUAUCACUGGUUAUAAAGAUGCACUCGUGUUUGAGUUUUAUAAGCGCUUUUCAUUCAAAAGAGUUGAAGAAUCAACUGAUGGUCAAAAAAAGGAAUAUUAUGUAAAAGAACCAUAUGAAAUUCCUAAAGACUCUAAUAUAAUGGUUGAACUUAUAUUAAUGUCUGGUACUCAAUCUCAACAUAAAUAG